AUGUCUAACCAGUACGACUAUGCCGCUUUCGAGCAGCAACGGGCCCCAGCAUCCCCAGGUACUCCAGUCGAGCAACAACUACGCAAUUACUUCCAGCCCCAAUCAUCAGAGGCCACCGAAGAAGUCCUUUUUGGAUACUACAAAUGGCUCGACUGGUAUGGCUCUAACGUUAACGUUGACCAGCUGCUCGAGGGAGAUUGGAGUCCUGAGAAGGAAAAGGACAUGAGAUGUGCGCUCAAGGCCAUUACGUAUCCCCGCACCUGGGGACUAGGAAGUUCAAGCGGAACGAAGACCCGACUCGUCGUCACUCCAGUUAUGUGCACCCCUUAUUAUGUUCCGCAGAUUAUACUCGAGGGAUUUGAGCCGAGAUUCAACCUAGCACAAGCCUACGGUCCUGUUCUGUACAGCUCUUACCAAAUACGUGUUUCGGCGCCCGCAGUAACUGUAGCAGCACCCUCAAAGCCCGCAUCAGAAUCCACCAAGAACAGUUCUCCCAUCUUCGAGGCCGAGGAUGAGGCUGGGGAUUCGGCAGCUCCCGCAGAGGACUCGAACCCGAGUACUACGCACUGCCCCAGCGCGACGGCCCCGGAGGUAAUACCAGCAGCGGCACCCGCCAUGGACUUGAGCCCAGAGCUUCUCGCUGCCUUACGCAAACGAUUCACAACGAAAAUGAUCCACAUUGGAAAGAUUGAAGCCUUCGUUGCGGAUCCUGGAGCGGACCCUAUCACUCAAGCCACUAUUUCUACGGAGACGCCAUAUGCCGCCGUUUCAAUAAUAAGCGCUGGGAGAGUGGAGGGUAUCUUUGCUAUUCCAGUGGAUGGUCCGAGGGGGCAUACUCUUGUUGACGACUAUCUAUGUCUCGAGGCCUGGGAACCUAACAAGCGGGGUGUAUAUUAUCUUGGGAUAAACCUUGCAGAGUGUGCAGCGCGGGAAUGGGAGUUGCGUGACGAGGUUGAGGUUGUCGAGGUUAUUAGUCUUGAGGGUGGCAAGCGUACUUGA